AUGGCGCCAGGUAGUGUGGACGUCUUAGCUGUCGUAGACAAGGACAAAGUGGCCAUCCAAGGGACUUGUUACAUGCGGAAGAUGAUCCGAGAAAAGUGCGGAAAUCAAUACUCGCUUGAGCGUUUCAACCAAGAGCUGAAUGACACGUUUGUUCCCCACCCAAGCGUUCCGGUGUUUGCGGCAGGAAUCGAAGCUCUCGCCCGUCACCAUGUACAAGCCCUUCAAGGCAUCCCGUCCAACCGUGCCAAGUCGCCACACCGUCGCGAAAAGUACACUUGGCCGAAAAAGGUGGCGUUCCCUAACUAG